CUUAAAACUCAACUCAACUCACAGUGCUGAGGGGAGAGAUCUCUGUUCCCCUCUGCUCUUCUGUUGGUGUUCCUUAGCUGUUAAUAUGUUUUUUGCCGUCGUUUCCACCGAACCUGCGUGACAGUGAAUGGAAUGAGUGAAACCAUUUUCUGCUUGUGAGGAGAUCUACUGUUCAGUCAUGAGCUCCAGCCUUGUCAACUCUUUGGCCAAAGUCUACGAUCGGAAUCCACUUCACGGUCAGAAGCCUGGUGGAAGGAAGCUCUCACUCAAUGGAUCAGACAAGGCCCAAGCGUCUCCAUCACCACCUCCUUCGCCUCAGAAUUCCGCCUUGCGCUGUGUGGAGAGCAGAAUGGACUCUUUGAGCUCUCAGAUGGAGCGCUUGCUCAACAUGCAGCAGACCGUCCUGACCCGGCUGGACGGCUUGUCCCAGGACGUCAGGGGCAUGGGUCAGGAUCUGGCAUCAAUGCGUGGGGAUGGCUGCGGGGAGAGACGUGAAUCUGGGGUGGAGGCGGCCUGCCGAGAGCUGUGCGGGGCCAUGGAGAGGGCCAGCGAGCGGAUGGACAGUCAGGGAUGCAGGCUGGAUGGGGUGGAGAGGCUGGUGGAGGGCACCCAGCAGGUGAUCAGCUACAUUGGGGAGGUUGUGAAGAGCUCCAGGCUGGUGGAGCUGCUGUUUAAACAGCCUGGGAAGAAGGCGAUGAAGAAGGCAAAGGAUGACAAGGAAAAAGCCAAACUGAGCCUGAAGAGUUCGAAGGCCCAGAAGAAGAGGAGACCUGCCGAUCUGUCAG